ACAUAUAUGGAAGAGAAAAAAAGAUGGAAGGGAUGAGAGAAAAAAAUACAAAGGAAAGAAACAGGAGUUAUGGAGGAAAGGAAGAGAAGAGGAAAGAAGAGAGAUGCGGAAGAAAUUACCAGUGAGUCAGGCUAGAGAGAAAAGGGAAAAUAGUGAGAGUUAUUUUGUACUUCUAUUAUUUCAAAUAAUCAAAGAAAGUACUAUUGCUGCACCGAGGACGUAGUCACACUUGCCAAACCUCGUAAAUAUUAUAUCUCAUUUACUUUAUGUUCCACUGCACACAUAACGUCGACUUUACAACAAGAUCAACAAUUUAGAAUCAUGGAGGCCCUUAAGUGGACAAAGAGAAAAGGGUUUGGGAAAGCUGACCAGGUUCCCCUAAGAGAAGAGGUUAUAUGUCUGCUUGCUGAGCUAGAAUUCAGCAUGCACUGUGGACAUUGUGCAGAUGAUGUUAAGAAAGGCUGCAAUAAGACGAAAGGAGUUGAAAGGGUUGAGCUUGAUAAGGUGAACAAAGUAGUGAUAGUGGAAGGAAGAUUUCGUCAUAAAAAGCUUCUCAAAUGCCUCCGAAGGGCUAACAAGAUAGUUAACGUAAAGAGGUUGGUUAUGGAAGAAAUAUAAGGACAAAAUGUGAUGCAGAACAAUUAACAGAUCAGAUUAUGUAAAAGUUUCAUAUAUAUGUGUGUGUGUGCACGCGUGUGUGUAAGUGUAAGCUCAAGAAAAAUAGACUUGGCAUUUUCUCGGGUAUGAUUUGAGCACCUAAUAGCGAGACGAUUAAAAAUUACAGCUCCAGUGUGGAAUAUUGGCUUUCACAACGCUUUAAUAACAAUUACGGGUCAAAUUUGCGUUUUUAAGACUUGGAAGAAAUUUGGGUAUUUUUUUAA